CAGAUUAAUUUUAAUUAAAAAAGCAUGAUAUAAACAGAAAAUUUUAUAAGAGUUAAAGAAGACAUAAGAAUUAAUAAAUGGAGUCUAGGCUCAUCAAUUACAUUAAAAUAUAAGCUAUUUAGCACUUUAAAUUCUAAAUUAUUUAUUAGCAUAGAAAAGAAGUUGAAUUAACAAUAAAAAUCAUUAGAAAAGCUUCAAUGGUUCAAAGAUCAUCAUGUUGUUGAUCUUUAAAUAGAUGAAAUAGGAUACUUUGGAUUCAUAUUAACAGAGGAUUGCUAUUUAUUUAGACUGCCUUUAGGCAUAUUUGGUAUUUAAGAUGCAAAAGAUGAAUGGAAUAAUUAAGUUUUAGUAAAUCCUGAAUUUAUCAUAUAAAAUUAUAAAUAAACUUGGGUUUUAGCUCCAAAAUUAAAAGAAGUUUAGGUGAUUCGACUAGCAGAUUUACAAAAUAGUAAUACAAUUAAUCCACUUACAAAAAAAAAUAGCUAACUGCAGGAUAAUUAAUUUAGUUAAUUUAAAUAUUUAAAUUUGUGGAGAGCUAAUGAUAAUAAACAGUAUGCGAUAGUAGCAGCAUAAAAAGGAAUCAUAUUAUUUUUAUGUUUAGAUUCACUUCAAACAGUUUUAGCAUUCAACAUGGAAGAGCAAGAAUUAAAUACGAUGAGAUUGAUAGAAACAUAGUCAUUAUCAUAUUUAUUAGUUCAGUUUGGUUAAGAAAAGGAAUAUAUUCAAAUAAUACUAUAAAAAAAUAAUUAAGAUGAUAAAGACAUGUCUCAAAAUGGAAAGAAAGUGAAAAAUUCAGGCGAUUUAAAAAAUAUAGUUAAUAAUUCCAAAUCCUAAUCAUAUUUAUAAGAAAUGAUAUUUCCAAUUAAUAAUAAUGGGUUUGAAUUAUUCAUUAGUGAAGAGGAAGGUGCUAUUCGUUUAUUUUUUUACUGCUACAAAACUAAAAUAUUAAAAGUGUAUAGACCUGGCAAUCUUUGUUCCUCUAAAUAUAGAUUUUUUAUCUAAUUAAAGAAUAUUAUUGAUAUCAUUUAGUGGAAAAAUUAUUACGUUGUUUUUUAGUAAGAGGAAAAGAGUACUAAAUUAGAAUUUUUUUUAAAAACCACUCUAUAAAAGUGUGAAAAAAAAACCUUAGAAGCCCCUAAUUUUAAGCCUAUUUUUCCCUAGCCUAUAUUUUCAUACAGUCUUUACAGUGAUAUUGAACAAAUUAUAAAAAUAGAUCCAUUUGUUUAGCUUAGUGAUAGGACUUUCUAAGUCGAUAUUUACAAGAAUAAUGGUGUAGAUAUUUUAAGUUUAGACUUAAAUCAUGGGAAAUUAGAAUUAGAGAAUAUGAUCCACAGUGAUAACUUUUAAAUAACUAGCUAUAUUUACUAUGAACUAUUUUUGAAAAAUCAUCAAUAUGAUGUAAAAUUUUGUUUAGAUUAUCUUUAUCAAAGUCUAAAAGCCCAAUAAAAAUGGGAGAAUCUUUGUCUCAUAGAUCUUUAAAAUAAAGACAAGGAUCCUUUUAAAUUAUUUCAUGAAUAUUACAUCAUCAAGUCUUACAAAAUGGAAUAUCUGUUAUUUAAGAGUCUUUUAACAGCUUUUGAUAAAGUAGAAGUCCUUGAAGAAAAUUUUUUUGAUGGAUUUGCUUUUAACAUUUUGAUAGGGGCAUAUGGAAUAAAGAUGAAUUCUUUUGAAAUUGGAGAACAUAUAAAAUUUAAAUAAAUGCAGUCUAUUUUAUUUGAAUAGUCUCUUAGUCCAAUGAAAAUAGCUUAAUUUAUAUAAAACCAAUAGUUAUAUAGUAUUUCUAAUGUUUAAUUCAUCAAUUACAUAAAAUCUUAAAGAGAAGAAGAAAGCUCUUAACAAGCUAGAUAUGAUAAAAAGUUAAUUGAUUUCUAGGAGUUAAAUUUAAUUUUUAAGCAAAAAAGAUAUGCAGAGCUAGUUUUAAAUAUCAUCAGCAUAGUUAUGUCUAUAAAUAUUUACCAGCACCAAAGAGAGAGAUUAAGUAUAGCUGAAAUACUAGAAUCAAUAGUUAUUGAUAGCUAUUUUAUAAAUGAAACUUAUUUUGAAUACCUUCUAAAGUUAUAAUCUAAAGUAAGUAAAUGUCCAAGCUUUUUAAAGUGUCUGUAUCUUAUUAUGAUUUAUAAUUAGUAAGAAUCAUUUCAACUUGAGCUUAAUUACAAUUUACAAAAACUAAAUUUGUAAGAACUUUUUAAGUUACUGAAUAUUUGUGUACGUAACUUUAAAGCUAUGUAUUAUAAUAAGCCAUUCUUAAACUAGAACUGCAUAAAACUUCUUCUAACUAAAUUUUAUUCUCUUUAACUUAAUGAUUAAAUAGUUAAAGAAUUAAUUUAAAAAUCUCUCGUUUAAAGUAAAGCAGAGAGCAACUUUAAAGAUGUGAAUGAAAACGAAGUAUAAUCGUACUUCAAUCUCAUUUAAAAAAUCUACAAGUAAAAAAGUAAGUUGGCACAAGGGUCAUACUAGAAAUAUUUACCUGGUAUAGAUUCUGUAUGGUUAAUCCUUUCAUAAAUUAAUAAAAAACUAUCAAAGUCAUAAAGCAAAAAUCACAUUAUUUAAAAAUAGUAAAUUAGUAAAUAGUCUUGCUCGAAGAUCCUAGUAUCUAAGUAAUUAUCCCCUAAAAAGAAAAACCUUAUAAUUGAUAAUAAAUAAAUUGAAACUCCAUAAAAUGAUUAUAUUUUGAUAAAUGGUAGUAAACUUUAUAUUUCAAACUAUAGAAACGAGGAGGAAGUCCAUUAAUCUUCUCAUUUUUCUUUUUAGAUUAAUACCAAUAAAAUAAAUUUAGAUUAAUGCGAUGUUGAAAAAAAAUAACAAUAGCCUAAUAUUUAAUAAGAAAAAAUUUAAGAUAUUAACAAUUAAAUAGAUUAAUUUGAAAUAGAAUAAAACAAAAACGCAGAGUUGGACACUCUUUCAAUAUAAAUAUAUGAUUGUAUUUAGUAGAUUUAAAAAUUAACAUCAAUAAAAGUAAAAAAAAUAAUCAAUCCUAAUGAAUAAAUUAUAUCUAUUAUCUAAAAGCUUGAUAUGUGAAGUUAAAAUGUAUGUUUAAACAAAUUUAUAUUAAAUAUCUCUAUUCGAUAACCUCUUUAUAUAUUAUAUCUUGUAAAAAUAUUACUGCAUUUAAAUUUAUUUGAUC